AAACAAAUCCGAAAAGAACCAACAUUUUGGAUCAUGUCGUUUAUGUUCGCCUACUUUAAAAUCAUUUCGAGAAUUUGAAUUAAACAUAUUGAUGAUGAGUAAAAUGUACACGGCUACUGGAUGUUAUAGUUUUGUUUGUUGUAUUCAGCUAGAUUUCAGAUGGAUUAAAACGAUCUUCUACAUUUAAGAUCAUAAACAGUUAAGAGAGCAGACGAGUUGAUGUUCAGUCUGUCCUCCAUUCAGCAGCUCUGUCCGUUUGGGGCAUCGAGGCUCGGAAGGGAUUAAUCAUCGCAAACCUUUCCAACAAGCUUGUCUCCGCCUGUAGUCCAAUUACAUAACGGGACUAUACAAUAAACACACAUCUACAGUGAAACUGCAACAUCGACGAGGACAAGUUGGACAACACGUAGAAGAAAAACGCUUCCCUCGCUGGCUGGCAGCGUGUCGUGAGGAGGAGAGUUUAUCCUCAUCUGCCCCCGCUGACAUUGACACUACUGGUUGCACUUCUCGUCUUUUUCCUCCUCCUCCCCUUUUGUCCCCUUCCUCCUCCUUUUCCUCUUCCUCCUGUUUCUGCAACGUAGGGGCAGAACAGCCACGGUCCGGCGGAGACCCACAGAAGACGCGCCCACUCUCGGCGACGUUGCGCACUUCUUUGGAAGAGAAAGUACCUGCUUUGACCCCAGGCGCGGCGGAGGAGCAUCCAGAUAGAGGAGUUUCAUGGGAAGGACACGGCUUUUGCCCGCUUUCAAACACUAAAACUCUUAACUUUCAAUCGUCCAGUGAUGAGUCUUCAGCGGAUUUUUCGUGCUGUCAUUAUGGGACCUCCUGGUUCAGGGAAAGGAACAGUGUCUGCGCGCAUUACCAAAAGUUUUGGACUCAAACAUGUUUCUAGUGGGGACAUUCUGAGGGCCAACAUCAACGCUAAAACCGGUAAGAUUGAUGUCCCGUUAGAAAGCAAAGGUUUACUUGUUUUCACUUUGAUAGGCAACCUUUAGUCCUGUAAACGAGGCUCUUGCAUCAAAAUUAUUGUUUUCUAUGCUCUGCAAAAAUCAUCAUCAUGCUUUAAUGCCUGAAGAGACACUACAAACAGACAUGCAUUCUUGGUGGGACAACAAAAAACGCUUUCUUUGCUUUCCUGUACAGACUAGAUAAGUGUACUCCUCCUCAAACCGUCUGAUCUUUAUCUGACAAACAAACUGGUUGAAUUGGGAUUGGUUGAAAAAUCAGCAUUUUCCUUUAUCAAAAGAAAACUGGUGUUCAGAAGUUGCGUGCUUGUUAUUUUUCUGUUUACACUGAAAACACUUGAGCUGUUAAUCGCUGUUACUUUGGAAGGCAGGAAGCCCACUACUCCCCAAUGUAAAGAUUUAAAAAAGAGCUGAAAUACUGGAAGUAGAUUCACAUCUAAGCCUUGAAAGAAGGAAGAAAAAGUUAGUUUCUGUUGUAUUUUGACAGGAAGUAUCCUAUUUUACAAAUUAAAAGCAGCGAGAAAAGGUUCACCUGCUCCACCUUUACAAUCAAACAUAAUUUUAGGAUUUUAGUCACCAAGUUCUCUAACUGUGCACCAGCAAGCCCUUUUUAACCCUGCUGUAUAACUGAAUCUUUGUGCUCCAGUGGAGCAUUUGGCAGUGAAAGCGGUUCUCCAUUUUCAUUACCCUUGCUCAAACUUUCCCAAACAGACCUUGGAUCUAAACCAGUGACCUUGCACUCCCUAAGACUGCCUCGCUAAACUUCUCACAAGCUGUGGAGAACAUUAGAAAAGCUUUUACACAUGAACUUUCAAAUUAUAUGAGCUGAACAGAGAUAAAAAUCAGCCUUUAAGUUGUCUCUUUUCAAAACUUAAUUGUCUAGACUGGGAGCCAUGCAACAAUGCUUUUGCUGUCCAAACACCUUGUCGAGGCCUUGGAUUGUUUUUAAAAGCAGCCUCAUAUUUUUGAGGUUUAAAGCAAAAGGAAAACAACUAAUUUGUCACUGUCAGAGCAACAAAUGAACAAAUUCUUUCUUUAAACAAAUCCUAUUUUACUCAGGGUAGAGCUUGCCAAUAGUUUUACUGUCAGUUUAACCCUUUGCCUAAUUUAGCACAGUCACCUCAGCACUGCAAGCCUGUCAGGAAGUUUCUUACAUCAGAUGGACUUUGAGCAACUAAAAGCGGAAGAGAGAGGAGAGCAAAAACUCUUUCCUUAACCUUCAAAGCCUUACACUACUGCGGUAUCAAAAUGUGUCAAACACAGUUUCACGAAACACUCUCCAGCUCUUUUCUUGUAUCUGUGUACUGUGAGUUAGCUCUUUUCUUGUAUCUGUGUACUGUGAGUUUAUCAAAGUAUAUAUGAUAAUUCCCACUGAGCAAUUUUUGGUCUAAAAGAGGUCUAAUAAACGUCUAAAUGUAGCCUAGAUGACUGGUCUAAAAUCAGGCUACCACAGGUCUAAAAAUGAAAGUUUAUUAGAUGUCUAAAUUUUGACCAAGUUUAGACCAAGUCUAAAUCUGGGCUAUAUCUAUACUACACUGUGUCCUGCUGAACGGCUAUCAUAAUUAUUUUAGUUAAGUACUUGGAGAUUGUAUUUGCAACUCACAGUUGCUUUUUUAAAUUAAUAGUUAUCAAAUAAUGGGUUAAAGUGCAACAUCUAAAUUCUGUCUAGAAAUACACAGAAUCUAGACGGUUGAAAUUGGGUGUAAAAAAAACUAGAUGUCUAAUAUCCGUCUAUUGCUCAGUGGGUUGUUCUUUGGAUACAAUUUUUUUCUAGUGAGGAAUAAGUUUCUGAAACUUUGGAUCUUUUUUCACGUCCAGACAUUAUAAUGUGGUGUGUUGAAUGCACAGAGUGUGUUUGCAGUGGCACCUGCAAGGUUGAAGCAGCUAAAAAGAUACUCAAGGUUUGCAUUACUUUGCAGGAAAUCUGGAUUAUUGUCAAGUCAAGUCAAGUAAACUUUAUUUAUAGAGCACUUACACAAAGGACAGGAUAGCAAAAUGGGUAAGAACUUAAUUCAGAUGAGGAAUCAGGUUAUGAGAAGGCAAGAGAGUAGAAGUGAGUCUUCAGGAGUUUUUUGAAACAGUCCAGAGAGUCAGUAGAUCUGAUAAUGUGUAAUGGGUGUAAUGGGAGGUUGUUCCACAGCCUCGGUGCAGUGACUGAAAAGGCCCUGUGUCCGAAAGUAUCUUUUGUGUGACCUUGGUACAGUGAGAAGACCUUGAUAUGAUGAUCUGAGGGGCUUUGCUGUGUUGUAUAGUAAUAGUAGUCCACUGAUGUAGCUGGGGGUAGUGUUUGUGAUAAGCCUUACAUACAAACAGUAGAAUUUUGUUGGAUAUUUUAAACUGAAUGGGAAGCCAGUGCAGUGAUGCUAGUAUAGGUGUGAUGUGAUCUCUUUUUUUGUAGUCGUUGUAUUGAUGACUGGUUGAUACCAAAGAACAGGGAUUGUUAUUGGAUGUUGUGUUUUUCAUGUUGUUGCAGCAAAUCCUUGAUGCUCAGGUGGGUUUUUAUGUUGGUUUUGCACCACGUAUGAACGGCAUCAUUCGCUCUCUCAGAUUGUUUGUGUGUGUUUUUCAGAGCUUGGCCUCCUGAUGAAGUCCUGUAUUGAUCAGGGUCAGUUGGCACCCGAUGAUGUCAUGUCUCGUCUCAUCCUGAAUGACUUGAGAGCGGUGGGCCAGAGCAGCUGGCUGCUCGACGGUAAGACUUCAUCAAGGCUUGUGUCAUUAAAACAUUACCUGUAGGAUUUUUAGUGGAUUGUUAAAUUAGUAAGAAAUGUUCAAUAUUUUUCUUUAGCUCUCUGACAUAUAGGCAUUUAUUGCCAGGUUUUUCAGCAGCAAAAGAAAACAUCAGCUGAAUAGUGUAGUAAAAACAGCAAGAAUCAUUAGGGGCCUUUACCACCCAUCUGACAAACUCUUUUCCCUCCUGACAUGAAGCAAGAGGUACUGAAGCAUUUCUGCAAAAUCCAGCAGUUUCUCCCAUUUUAAAAUCCUUUUUGCACCAGAGUAUUCUCAAAGGGUUUUAGUGAAGUUUUCUUAAGGGAGGUUGCCUGGGCUAUAUUUAUAUAUCCAGCUCUUUUUUUUUGUUGUAGUUUGUCAGAGCUGGAAGAACAGCACUUCAUAUCAUCAUUCUUCUAAACCUGAUGGUUGUCUCUCUUCCCUACACUCCACUCGUCUUUGUCUUUCUCUCUCUCCUCUUCAGGUUUCCCCCGUACAGUGUCCCAGGCAGAGGCUCUGGAUGACGCCUGUAGUGUGGACACAGUCAUCAACCUUAAUGUACCUUUCCAGACCAUCAAACAGCGGCUCACAUCUCGCUGGACUCACUUUCCCAGCGGCAGGGUCUACAACACAGAUUUCAACCCACCUAAAGUCCCUGUGAGUACUUCCUCUCGUUCAUAUUAUUCGAUCACUAUUGAGUGUCUGGUUUCCGGUCAGACCCGAGCUCAAGGUUGGUUUGAAUUAUUUAUUCAGUGCUUGAAAGACAACCUGCAGCUUACUCCUUGUAAGCAUGUCUAUAUAAAUCAAACAAGACAAUCAGCGAUGGGUCGAAUAAUUUCACUGUAGUAAAUUUUACUGCAAAAAAAGCUGAUGAUUGACAACAGGCUGAAAAAACAGUCUUUUCUGACUUUUUUUCUAUUGAAAGACAAUAUGGAAACACUAUUUUAACAUGUACAGGACAAUAGAUAAGCGGUAUGAAGUUGUCCACAGGGGGCGCCAAUGUCAACACAAACAAAAAGUUCUUCACAGCAGCUUUAACAGACUUUUCGGCCUUUUUAUAUUGUUUUUUUAAAAUUAUCUUAACUUAUUUGUUUAUUUUAAGAUGCAAAAAGUAUCACUAAGCAGUAAAUUAGAGUAAUUUAUAAACAAUUAUUCAACUUUGCUCAUGACUGCCUCAGUUCAACAACUGAUCAGUUACUCUCCAAAAAGUUUUAAAAAAGUAAUUUGGGAAUUUAUUAGAAUCAUGAUAUAUUUCACUUUUUAGUGUGGUUGUUUCAGUGAGGAACAUUCAGUUUGUGUUAGUUUUGAUAGUCAAAUGUAUUAUUCAUGGUUUAAAUCUAUGUAUAAAAACAGGCAUUUUUCUCCGGCUGCUUGGCGGAAACAUACCCUCUUCAUGGCUUCAAACACUAGAAAUUAAGAUUAACAGGAUAAAAUUCAUUAACCUUGUCAGUGAUGCUCUUGUUUACUUUUGGAUAUCAUAAAAUGGGUCAGUAUUAAUUUCAGUCUUUUUCAUAAACAUAAAAAACUCAUCAUAGGAGCUUAAACUGUUGUAUGAUGCAUCCAAACAUCAGGGUUUGUAUGGCCAUGAAAAACCAGAGACAAAUCUUACAGUUUAAAAAAACUCCUGGCCUGAAAAAGUUUGGAUGAAGUAAAUAAAUCCCAUUUGUUAAGGGAAAGUCAAUGAAACUUGAUUCAGAAAUACCAGUUCAAAGGAGUAUACAUGUCAACAUUUAACUGGUCGGUCAGCAUUGCUUACAGUAAAUAAAAAUCAGUAUCACUUCAUAGCUAGUGAUAAAUCUUACUUCAUAUAUACUAUUGGAAACAUUUUUCUUUACAUGGAUAUGCUUUCUGAUUUUUCUCGGACCUCAUAACAUGCUGUGGUCAGGUCCAGAAAAGUAACACAUUUAAGGUUAAUCAUUAGCUUCAGUCUAUUGUCACAAUACUGACUGAGAGGAAACAAAGAGACUGUGAGGGUCAUAAAAGUGGAUCAAAACCAGCCAGGUCAAGGGUUAGAAAUGCAACAUUUCUUCAUUGCUAAACGUGUACAAAGUUCAGACUCGAGUUACUUGAGGCAUGAAUAUGAGGCGGCGUUAGAAACAUUUCACUGGAACCAUUAAUUACAACCAGAUUUGCACUCUCAUGCAGUUUCACCUAAACCCAGAGGAGCUCUUUUGGGGAAGCAGGAAUUUACUUUGCUAUUGUGCAACUGCAUGUUUUAUAGCAGAAUUUCUCCAGCUGUAAAAGAAGAUAGAAACUAUGAAAGGAUAUAGCCGGCCAGUUUAAUGUUUAGAGGAAUCAAAUGCAUGAAUUAAGCAUCACGAAGUAUGAACAUCUCAUGCAUUAUUAUAAACCCUGUGUGGUGGAUGCUUCUAUUUAGAUUGUCUCAAGAUAUUAAUUUGGAAAGAUAAUGAACCUUUUGAGCAUUACACCCCUUAAACGUCAGUAUAUGAGUAAUGAUUGUUUGGCAUGUGAGCUUGAGGUUAGCAUUCGGCUCUAAAUACUGUCUUUAGGUCAGCUGGUCUGGAAGGCAAAAGACUCAAGAAUGUUUCCUGAAGGGUGUUUAUGUUACACUGUCUGAGCUGUGUCAAGGUUUCCCAAAGACUACCAGAAGCAUUUCUGAUGCAACUGUUUUAAAUCAUAGUCCUUCACAUUUUCUAAGUAAACAUGUAUGACUGUGGUAUACAGUAUACUCCUACAGUUAGCACAAGAACACUGAAGAACACUAUUUAUUUACAGACUGUAGUAAACAUGUCUUAAUAAUGUUGUAGAGCAAAUGAUGGUGAUGUUGUUUUUGGAGGAGCAGAAAUGUUUAUUUAUGUGUUUUCUCCAGGGUUUGGAUGAUGUAACCGGGGAGCCUCUUGUCCAGAGAGAUGAUGAUACACCAGAGACAGUCACACGGAGACUUAAGGCCUAUGAAACACAGACGGAGCCUGUCUUAGAGUAUUACAGGUACAAUAGUUUUUGACAAAUCCAUAUACUGUAUAUCUUCACCUUCUAAUGCUGAUUCAGUUCCUGAGGAAAUGUGAGCAGAUCUAGACUGAAUUUCUGCUCAAUAUUAUUUCUCUAAAGCUUACCAAAAAAGACAUAAUAUACAUGUAGGUAAAAGGCUACAACCUGAUACUUCUGAACCAUGACCCUUGUACUCAUUGCACAUUCCUCACGGUUGCCUUGCAUGACCUCCAAACUGCUGAAGAACCACAUUCCCAAUUGUAAGAGAUAACAAGUAUAGGCUUAUGUCUUUGUCCUCACUAUAGCAGAAUAUAUUAACAUAUUUAAAGCCUGUUGUAUUAUCAAGGAUAAAAGAAUCGUUAAGGAAAAGCUGACAGAAAAAAAUGCUAGUUGUAAGACUUUGGACCCCUUUGGGAGUACAUGCAUCAUAUUUGCUAUUUCUGGACUAAUUAGACAAGACAUCACAUACUGUGUUGUGUGUUCCUCUAGGCCAGCGGGACAUACUCAGUGUCCUACUUAUUUUGACCACUUUGUCAGAGAGCUGAUUUAUCAUCUUAAACAGGUACAAACAAAGACCUCCAGAAGAGUAGGGUGUGCAUCACAAUUUUAAAAACCGCCCAGUCUGGAUUUGAGCAUGUACGUGUGAUCUGAUUCAGGGGCGACUUACCUUAGAAUUUAUGAUUCAGAGUGAUUCAUUUCAGUACAGUACAGUCGAAUCUGAUUCAACUUGACAACUAAAUCCAAAGUAUUUUUUGGAGGGUUAAAAUCGCUACCUAUUCAUUAAUGCUGUGGUACUUUGUUCAUUUGCUGUACAGAAUAUUUUUUAAAAUAGAUAACCUGUUUCCACUAGCUUAUUGUAACAUAUGAACUACUGACAAAUGUGUCUCUUUCUCUUUUCAGGAGUAAAGGUGUGCUCGAGACCUUCUCUGGUACAGAGACAAACAAAAUCUGGCCACAUGUUGAGGCUUUUCUCCACAGAAAACUUUCACUCACUGACCAGAAAGUUGCAUAGAGAGCCUGGACAGAAAUGAACAUCAGGGUUUACCAGCAGAAACCACUCCAAACUUAUUGAUCAGAUGUUUCUUUAAAUGAGGAAGCACCAUCUGUGUUAUCGCAAGUGCUGAAUGUUCACCGUGAAGAGCAAGCGCUUACAUUACAUGCCAGUAAGCCCUAGUAGUAAGACAACAGAUGUUGUUGGGCAAAACUCCACCUCUGAAGUACUUAUUGCACUGCAGUUUCACUCUCAGGAUGCUUAACAUGAAGAUUGUUUCUUUAUUCCAUUACGUGCCUUUCUGAAGCAAAAAGGUAUCACUAAGUCUUAUAUUUUAAAUUAACAUGUUCAACCAUUUUAUCUCAGUUGUUUUAUGUGAUACAUUGCAAUAUGAAGGGAGAAGCAGUCCUCUUAAAGAAAUUAUGAAUUUAUGUGUAAAUUUACUCUAAUUUGAUUCAUGUAAUCAUGACAUUUAAUCUGAAGAACUUGAAGUGUCUCCUAUGCAGUGGAUGUUUGCCCUAAAGGGAAUUGUGCCAUGUUCCUCAUUACUGUCAAUCCACUUUAAAAUGCAAGUGCCUGUUUAUGCUACAUUGUAAUGGACUAAAAAAAAUUAAAAGGGUAGCUCACUUUAUGUAGUCAAAAUGUAAGGUCCACAAUUAGAAUAUAUAUAUAUAAAAAGACACAUUUAUUCAAAAAAGAUUUAUUUUCAUAAGCCAUCAUUGUAUAACAACUGCUGUCAAACACUUCAAGUCUUAAUGUUGUUGCUUUUCCAGGCAAGUCAGUUUUAAUGGGUAAUGGGCAUUCCUUGUUGUGACCAAGUCUAUAAAUGUCUUUUUAAAUCUUCAUUUAUUUAACUUAAUAAGCAAAGAAUUAAACUUAAAGUCCUAUUAUAAGCACAGUUCAUCGUCUUACAUCAAAACAUUUAAUCUUGAUCUGCAGAUCUGUGUUUUGUCUUAAUAAGUGUUUAUCUUGUUUAAAGAUACUUAAAUGCUAACCUGCCUAUGGUGUACUGUAGAUUUAUGCCAUGAAUGUUUCCUGAACCGUACUGUGUGAACUUUUGAACACUUGAAUACAAUAUUUUAAAGCACAAUUAUUUUCAUAGACGACAUCCAACUGCUUUGUAAGUAUUUAUUGUGAGUCACAAUAAACUUCUGAUACUAUUAUUUUAGUUUUGU